UUCUUGUCAAAGUUUAUCAUAGCUAUGGGACUAUGGACAGUGCUGGACCCCUUGGCAGUGUUUGUAGUGGAUUCAUUCCUGGGGCGAUUUGGGAACAGCGUAGAGAAACCCAUUGCUGAUGCUGCAAAACUCUCCUGGGUGUUUCUAAGAGCUGGGGAGUCAGGAGUUCCUGGUGCCUUAAUCACAGUGAUGCUUUAUAUCAUCCUGUUCAUGAUCUCAUCCACAUUGUUGUACCUGUAUUUUUUAAGGCUACAUAGUGAAGGUUGGCUGUUGGAUGUAUUUCGACGCAUCCAUGCUGAGGAAGGCACAUUCUUUGUUCCACUGGACUUGGAGAUUUCCAUCCAGGAGCUGAGCUACAUUAUAAAGAGGGCUGAGCAGUGGAGAGGAAUCAAUGGUGAAAGACGGAUGGUGGCAGUGUCUGAUUACAUCUGGAAGGACCUCGCCAGCCAGCCUGGUGGCUCCAGCUGUGACCUCCAGCGCCAGCAUGAAAUGCCCCACGCCGCAGCCAGCUGGGAAGGCAGCACCACUGUCCACGUCUGUGUCUACACGGUUCACCUCAGCGGCUUCCAGGAGCUCCACAGGCGCUUCCUCAGGCUGCCUGAUGGGGCUAUCAUCGAGGCAUUUGGUGAUGUUGGUGAGGAAAGCCUUUUGUGUAAAGUGAGCACAGACCAGGAGCGUAAAAGGGAAAAGGACAGUGUGCUGGGUGCAUCUACAUGUAUCAAGCUGAGGGAGAGGAAAAAGAGUACAGCAAGGUGGAAAGGAAAUCGCAUUGUCCCUGACAAGAGCUACUUUCUGCAGUAACACAUGGCCUGUGGAGUUGUUUACAUCGUGAUCCACAUCCAUGGUAUGGCUACUGUCUGAUGGGAUUUAUGUUUCUGAUGGCUGCAUUUCUGCCCAUGCAGUGCUGUCCUGCGAAUGCUCCCUUCACAGCUCUUCUGUGGCUUCAACAAGCUGUGCA